CGCAGUUUCUUGGCCUUCUGAUGCAACCGUAUGACAGCUACCGGGAUGCCACUGCGAUCACCGCCUCUGCGCGUGACCGCGACGCCCCACUACGACACGUGCAUCAAAAUCCGAUAUGGACGCCAACGGAUUACCUGCAUGAUCACAUCACGUCAGCAAGCACUGAGCGCUUCCUGUGGCACCUGCAGGGGGUGUCACUGUGCCGAGACGCUAUAAAAGGACUUCCAGCAAAUUUCUUUGCCACUGGGCACGGCGGCUUCCAGAACAUGCGGCUGCUUCACAAUCUGCUUCUCUUCUUUACGCAGUUUCUUGGCCUUCUGAUGCAACCGUAUGACAAAUGCCAGGAUGUCAUUGCGACCACCGCCUUUGCGCAUGACCGCGACGCUUCACCACGACACGUGCAACAAAAUCCGAUAUGGAUGCCAACGGAUUACCUGCAUCUCAUCACGUCAGCAAGCACUAUGUGCAUCCUGUGGAACCUGCAGGGUGCGUCAAGGACUUCCAGCAAAUUUCCUUGCCACUGGGCACGGCGGCUUCCAGAACAUGCGGCUGCUUCACAAUCUGCUUCUCUUCUUUACGCAGCGCUACCCGAUGGCAGUGUUGAAGUGACCAUACAACAUCUAGCCCGUGCCGGGACAUCUGAAAUGGAAAUUGGGCUCGAUACGCUGUUCACCGUAACAGCAGUCGGCGUACCCAUUGCUACCUUGAGGAAGCUGGUGGGCCUUCUUAUCGAAGAGCUGGCGUAGCCCUUUCACCAUGACACUGGGAAUGAGAUAUUUGAUUACCAAAACUGGUAAAAUAUCUGUUCUCGACCAGAAGGUGGCGGCUAUUAACGAGAAGAGUGCCCAACGUGGAGGCGCCAUGACCAUAGGCAACACAUUUAAAGCCGUCGCAAAUGGACAUCUUUCCUUCACUGACGCGAAGCUCAAGGAAGCCAAGGAAAGGUUACACAACAAGGGGGUCUCGGUAAGCCGAAUCGACAGUCGCAACGCGACGCUCCAAAUAGUGGACGAGAAUGUAGCUUCGGCUGCUAUGGCCAAAGAGGAGACCAUUGGCCAUAAGGAAAAGCCUGUGGAGACUGAACUGGCCUCCCACAAGAUCCGAGUUGACAUGGAUCACAAGAAAACGCGCCAGGAUGACGGCACAGAAAAGGAGGAGACGCUCAUAACAGCCACAUACCGUGGCCUCACGGAAGAGCUUCCUAGAAAGCUGGUGAAAUAUUUUGUUGAGGGCCUGUGAAUAAAAUGUCAUUUUCACUGUA